UGUUCAAAUGAGUGGUCGUAAUACUUACUAAAUACAGCGCGAAACAGCGCAGAAGAGAGGGAAACAUUUUUCUUUCAUUAUUUAUAAGCGUCCGUAAAAUUUUAAACAAUUUGAUGCGAAACAGUAUACAGUUGUAGGGAAUGAUCCGAGUUUAUAUCAGUAAUCUUCAAUGUCUUUAAAUAACCUAACAAUACAGCAAUGCGAUUUUCUCUGAAUUAUAUAUUGAAUUUGUUAAAGUACAGUACUCUCUAUUUGGCAGUACAGCUUUUCUAAUAAUCAUUUUCAAUGCGAACGUUAAUCACAUCAGCAAAUAGGAUUGGAGUUGAGUUCGAUGAUCGCAUGGUCGUGACUCGUAUCACUCCCUCCCGUCCAUAUCAAAGCAAUUCUUAUUUUAUUUUCGUUACAUUUUUUUUCGUAUUGAUGACUGUUUGUAUCUUGGUUGACAAAGUACCAAAUAUCUCUCUCUUUUUUAUACGGAACCAGGUUCUGUGGAUAAAAAAAUGGGUUCUGUGGAUGUGAUCACCAUUGUACUUGAUUAAAGUGUAGUAAUACAAUUUUACACAUGCCCUAUACAACUAUACAAUAAAUCUGAUGUAAAGUAUUGAAGAGUAGAAAUAUUUUUUUAUCAGCUGACUCAUUUUAUGUCUUUAUUUUAUAAUUUCAUAUUUUUUUAAUCCAUACUGACAGUUCGACCACAGCGUAAAAAAAAUGGUCGGAGCCUGCAUACUGACCAACACGAAUCAAUGUUUAAAUAUUCACUGUACUGUAUUUCUAUAAAAAUCUGUACCUAUUGUCCUUUCUUAACAUUGUUUUGUGGAAAUAAAAUCUCUCUCUCUCUCUACCGUUAUUAUACCUAGUGAAAGAGGGGUUUGUACUGUUAUAAUUGUGUUUUAAUGUGGGGGCUAUUUUUGCAAUGGGAAACGGUCCCUUCACAUGUUCUGUGUCAAAUUUAGUAUUUCAAUUGGCAUAUUUUAUGAUAACAAAUAUAAUGAAAUAAACAUAUAUAAUCAAUUGCACAGGGGUUGCUUAAGCUUCUGGAAUGUUUCAUUGGGUUCUGCCCCUACCAAGAGGUUGAAACCCAAUGGUUUAUCAGGUUGUAGAAUUAUUAUUCUGUAAUAUAUUUGAAAUAAUCUUUUCAAAGAUGAUGACCAACUUUUGAUCGAUAUAUUCAUGAUGAUGCAUGAGACAAUCAGGUUAAUCUUUAGUCUGUCAACCUCUUUAAUAUUUCGAUAUUGUUUGAACUAACAUUAAAUUUCAUUUUUCCAGCUUUAAGUCAUAAACAAGUAAAAUGAAUAUAAGUUUGCAAGGUGGCGAUCACCAGAUUCCUAGCUCCGGAUUAGGUAGCCAUCCUAAUAAUGAUCGUAGGAAUUUUUCACAUGAUUUUUUCCAACAGCCUGCCACAAUGGAGACACAGCAAAUGAACAUUGAAAAAUCUGAACCUCCUGUCUGCACUUCUACUGGGAUAUAUUUAUUAAAAGAUCAGGUUGAGCCAUCAGUUGUAUCGGGAAGCACAAAUCUUCUAGCACAUUACAAUUUAGAAACAACAUAUAACAAAUUUUGCGGCGGAAAGAAAGUAAAAGAAAAUUUAAGUUCAUUUCUUCCGGAUUUGCCUGGGUUUAUUGACACACUUGCAAUACAAGACAAUAGUAGUUUAAAAGCGUUGAUCGAUCGACCCCCUGUUGGUAAUAAAGAAAUUCAACCACUAUCACAGCCUUUAUUAUCAAGUUUCCGUUUGCAUCCUGGGCCUUUGCCUGAUCAUUAUCGUUCCUUAUAUCAAUCAAUUGACUCAACACGACGAAAAAGCAAGCAUCAUAAAAAACGUAGGUCAGACCCAAUGCAAAAUACUCAUAUUAAUGAAGGAGAAGAAUUUGAGCCCAGAAAGCAUAAAAAGAAAAAACAUGAAGAUGGUGAAAAGAAAAAGAAGAAAAAAGAAAAGAAAAAGAAGAGGGAAAGAGAUAAAGAAAGAACCUGAUUUGCAGGACACACAAGAAUAUUUUUUGCCAUCAAGUUCAAUCAUUCAAAAAAAUUGAGGGCGAAGUGAAUCACCCAUUUGGGACUAGCGAUUCAAACCGGCAGAUAGUUCUUGUUAAAAUUGCAGAUGGAAUUUUAGGGCAAUCAAUCAUAUAUUAUUUGAAUAAAACUUGCUGUCCCAUUGAUUCAUCUUCGUCAAUAAACUUGAACAAGAAAGAGCUAUUUAUAAUAAGAUGCGAAAUGAUAAUCUCCCCUUCUCAAAUUAUAGUCUUACUUUAUGUUUGAAUAUCUUGGCCCUUUGAUAUUUCAAUUGUACUGUUUUGGUCAUAAUUCUAGUCAAGAGGAUUGUAUGUACAGGUCUAUAUGCAUCAAAUCAUAUGUCGCUAAUGGAUUAUGACGGGGGGCUCUUUCAUCUUAUCAGCAAAUAUGCUGUAAAAACGGAAUUUACUGUGAUAAUAUUGAAAACAGUUUUGCUGUAAAUUUCAUGUCAUUUGCUUGAGAUCCUGAUUGAUCAAAUUUGGAAUAGUAUUUAUAUUCUAUUUCAGAAUAUUACAGUUUAUCUUUUCACUAUAUCUUAGGCCUUAUUUUUAAAUUAUGUCCAUCUUUUUUGUAUUUUCUUUUUUAGA